AUGGCACGACAACAAAACUUCGUGUCGUGUUUGACGCAUCCUGUAGAACCACGAAGGGAUCAUCGCCAGAAUGACGCUCUCAUGGUUGGCCCAAUCGUCCAAGAAGAGCUCCGCUCAAUCAUCAUGCGCUCCAGAAUCCACGCCAUUAUGCUCAUCGCCGACAUAGAGCAAAUGUUUCGCCAAAUACGGAUUGAUGAAAGAGAUACACCACUUCAACGAAUCGUUUGGCGAUCGUCUCCAGAAGCAACUUUAAGCACGUAUGAGUUGAAGACCGUGACAUAUGGCACUGCUAGUGCACCCUUUCUGGCCACAAGGGUACUCCGUCAGCUUGCCGAUGACGAACAACACCCGCUUUUCAGAGGCCGCCGACGUUCUACGCAAGGACUUUUACGUGGACGACCUGUUCUCCCGGAAACUCUUUACUCUGCUGGAGGCUUUGAGCUGCGUAAAUGGGCUUCAAGCGUGGAGGAAGUCCUAGAAGGCGUGCCCCCAGAGCACCGAGCGUUAAAGACAUCAGUAGAUCUCGAUCGUGACGAAUGCAUCAAAAGUCUUGGGCUACAUUGGGAACCAGCAACCGACCAACUUCGUUACAAGAUCGACCUACCUUCGAGUAACGACACUCAGCUCACGAAGAGGAUCGCACUGUCCCCAAAUUGCUCGUAUUUUUAUCCGCCAGGCCUAGUCGGACCCGUUAUAACAACGGCCAAGUUGUUUAUGCAGGCUCUAUGGACAUUGAAGGCUAACGAUGGAAACAUAUGGGGAUGGGACCAGGAACUUCCGCCUACCUACAAAGAACGAUGGUUCAAUUAUAUGUCUCAGUUGCCAUACCUAAAUGAUCUCCGCAUAGAACGAUACAUCCUUUGUUCGAAUCCUUCAUCCAUUCAGCUCCACUUUUUUUCUGACGCAUCUGAGAAUGCCUAUGGUGCUUGUUGCUAUAUCCGUUCAUCGAAUUCAAACGGAGAAACUAAAACCGCACUUCUUACGACAAAAUCAAAAGUUGCCCCGUUGAAGCAACAGAGCAUCCCGCGUCUCGAACUUUGUGGCGCGCUCCUUUCCGCGGAACUGUACGAGAAGGUAACCAGCUCACUGCAGAUCCCUACAGAUACCUACUUCUGGGUGGACUCGACGAUCGUUAUUUUGCUGGACAACAAAAUCCUGCUGACCAUAUAUCUCGUGGUUUUGUCUGCUGAGAAUCUACUCCACGACGAGCUUUGGUGGAGGGGCCCACACUGGUUAGUACUACAAAAGAAAUACUGGCCUAUUCAGCAAGCAAUUAACUCUGCCGAUAGCAUCCUCGAGGCAAGAAAACCGUCUACCAUCGCACUUUCCGCCGUCACAGAACCAUCGUUCAUUGAUGAUUUAGCCACCAAGGAAGAUCAGAGACCUUCCAGAGCAGUCAUCACUGCAGAAGAUCUACACGCAGCGGAAAUGAACCUGAUACGAUUGGUGCAGCAACAAUCAUUCACCGCCGAAUGGAACCAGUUGGAACGGUCCCAACCAGUUGGCCUGAAAUCCCGUAUUCGCUGGUUUCACCCAUUCAUUUCGGUCGACAAGAUAAUUCGAAUCGGUGGUGAACUAAAAACGCGCAACAACCCUAUGACGAACCCGACGUGGGGCUGUGUGCUGAAAUUUUCAGCGAUAACGGCAAGAACUUUGUUGGUGCAGCAAACGAACUACGUCGAAUCGUCCGGAGCGAUCAGCACCAACAAUCGAUUGCGGAAGAAUGUGCUGCUAAGGGAAUACGAUGGCGUUUCAACCCUCCAAAGGCCUCACAUUUUGGAGGACUGUUUCAUCGACAAUAAACCGAAUCGCAUCUGUAAAUCAUCGCCAAAGACGAAGCACCAGUCAGAACUCGAUCUUCGAAGGGGCCAGGAUGUUCGCAUAUGCGAGAAGCUUGACAUCUAUGCAUGA